AAUUUGUGGGUCGCAAGCAUAGACUGUAAAAUAUAGGUCGCAAGUCACUGGGAACCCCUGACUUAGGCUACCGUGAAUGGCAAUCGACUGAAAGUUUUAGGCAAAGCAUAAUAUCAAUUUUGACCGCUCCCAGCACCCGUACCGUAAAUAUACGGCUAGACGUGCAAACAAACAAAAAGUACCGCUGGCCUCGCUGCGUAUUUUCAACUGGAAUGAACGUACUCCUUUCGUGAAUGCGAAUAUAUACGAAAAACACGGCUGUAAACAUUAAACAUGUGUUCCAGCGUCCACGCCCGAACGUUGACGACUUUCAACUGACCAAAAUGCUUCAACUCAGAAGUUUUUGUUGUUUUCCAUUUUGCCAGAGAAGUCGUUAGCAUUCUAUAAUACCAAAAAUUGGACUUCGUGCACAAUCGUAGAUUCUAGUUUUAUAUUUUGUCGUGAGUUACGAACAGCAUAGAAAAAUGAUUUUAAAGAGAAUACCUGCAAGAAUGUGCUCUUCAUUCAUGAUGAGGGCCGUGCUGAGACAGGCCCACUCCUCGGUCCCGUACCAGCCGGUUCCUCCGCUCGGCCAGACACUGCAGCGCUACUUGGCGGCUCUGGAGCCACUUUUGCCGGAAGAUGAGCUCGAACACACUCGCAGGAUCGUGCAGGAGUUUGGAUGCACUGGAGGCCUUGGGGAAAGUCUGCAAAGAGAGCUGAUUAAACGAGCAAAACAUUCUCACAACUGGAUCUCAGAUUGGUGGGUACAGUGGGCAUACCUGGAAUGCAGGCAGCCUUUGGCAGUGCAUUCAAAUCCAGCCAUUUCUUUGCCAAAACGUGACUUUACAGACUGGAGAGGUCAAUUAGUGUUUGCAUCAAAGUUAAUAGCUGGUGUGCUCAAUUUCAAAGCUGAGGUGGACAGUGGCAAGCUGGCCAUAGAGUACAUGCGUGGAAAACCAUUAUGUAUGGAAUUAUUUCCUAAGUUGUUCUCCUCCUGUCGAAUCCCAGGACCCAAACAUGAUCUUGUUGUUCAUUAUGGACGCCCACGUCGUGGCCCAGCUCAUAUUACUGUGGUCAGGAACUACCAGGUAACCUAGUUUCUCUCGAGCAAU